AUAAACCGGUGUUUAGACAGUGUGAUGCAGCGGUGAGAACUGAACCUGUGAUCCGAGCUGCUGCUGCUAAAGAUUUAAGUUCACGCCACAAUGAGUUCAAUUGGGACAGGGUAUGACCUGUCAGCCUCCACCUUCUCCCCAGACGGAAGGGUCUUCCAGGUGGAGUACGCCAUGAAGGCAGUGGAGAACAGCAGCACAGCCAUCGCGGUGCGCUGUAAAGACGGCGUGGUGUUCGGCGUGGAGAAGCUGGUCCUGUCCAAACUGUACGAGGAAGGCUCCAACAAGCGCAUCUUCAACGUGGACAAGCAUGUCGGAAUGGCGGUAGCUGGACUCCUCGCAGACGCCCGCUCCCUCUCGGAGGUGGCCCGGGAAGAAGCGUCCAACUUCAGGUCCAACUACGGCUAUCAAGUCCCUCUCAAGCACCUGGCCGACAGAGUGGCCAUGUACGUCCACGCCUACACACUGUACAGCGCCGUCCGGCCCUUCGGCUGCAGCUUCAUCCUGGGCUCCUACGAUGUGGACGACGGCCCUCAGCUCUACAUGGUGGACCCCUCAGGGAUCGCAUACGGUUACUGGGGCUGUGCCAUCGGGAAGGCCAAGCAGGCGGCCAAGACGGAGAUCGAGAAGCUCUCGAUGAAAGACAUGACGUGCAGAGAGGUGGUGAAGGAGGUCGCCAAAAUCAUCUACAUCGUCCACGAUGAGGUGAAGGACAAGGCUUUCGAACUUGACCUCAGCUGGGUCGGAGAAGUAACAAACGGACGGCAUGAGCUGGUUCCCAAGGACGUACGGGAGGAAGCAGAGAAAUACGCCAAGGAUUCUCUGGAGGAAGAGGAUGACUCUGAUGAAGACAACAUGUAACAUGUUCCAACCCAACUGACCCCGCCUCUUUUGUAUGUUUUCUAGUGAUGGACCAUUAAUGUCGACAUGUUUUUGCUUUGGUUUGACGGCUCUCAGCCAUGACAAUAAAAUAAAAAUGUAAGUAAAAAAAAAAAAUGCA